GUAAUCGCACCACCGUACAUUUAGAGCCAUUGCAGUUUCCGUAGUUCUCCACAUCAUGGUGGCAUCCAAAGGACACAUGAUGAUGUCGACCAAUGUAGCCAAAACAUUGUAGAAAUACCGACUAUUCAUUGACAAACAACAAUUAUUUUUUUCUACAUAACUACAGGAAGCGAACAGCGCAAAAUGGGUUUGUUAUGUCUGCUGUCUGGUGCCUCCGGUCGCUCGUGUUUUAUCACUCGGCGAAUCUUAAAUGUUGUACAACUGAGGACUCUCAGGACAACUGCUAAGAAUCAUAUGCAAAAAGAACGACCUCAGUGGGUGUUUAAUUCUUCGAUUUAUACCCCACAGAGCCAGCCGUCACGCCAGACUUAUCUUAGAUGUUUAAUGGGUCGGUGGAUAACGUUCAGGAGCAUGUGUCAGUUAAAUGAGUGCAAACUAUGGACCCGGUCGAGAAAGCAGCACGGACAAUGGAUUGACACUGUCAGUAAAGACUCAAGAACGGGACUUUCCACCUUUUCCACAAACACAGCUGUUGCCAAAGACAUUAUCUUGUUUGAGCAUGACCGUACCAGAUUCUUCAGAUUUCUGGCUUUCUUCUGUGGGGGGCAGUUUCUUUUCUGGACAUAUUUAGCCCACUUCGCCUUCACUGCCCUGCGAGACACGAGGGGUGGUGCUAAUGAGGCAAAGAAGGUUAGAACCGAACUUGGCGGAUGGUUUAGUUUCGACAUGAAUUUAGGAUCAAAUGCAUGGAGGUUUGGAUUUACCGUAGCAUGCCUGGCAAUCGGUGGCGGAAUAAUUGGACUGGGCAUUCUAUUCUCCCGUCGCUCCGUCAGCCGUGUGAUUCUGCACAAAGGUGGCGGGAUGGUGACCGUGUCCACGCAGUCACCGCUUGGGAUGAGUAAUGCCAGGAGCAUGACCAUGCCCCUGUCUCAGGUGGCCUGCCACGCACACAGGCACGAGUCCCCUUCUUUCAUACCUCUCAAGGUCAAAGGUCAAAAAUUCUACUUCCUGCUCGACAAAGAAGGGAAGAUAAACAAUGUGAAACUUUUCGACAUCACUGUUGGAGCAUACAGACCCUUUUGAAUGUUGAAAUAUAUGCUUUUGUGACCUCCAAAGACUACAGGCUGAUGAUGACAGUGUGACAGGAGACUUCUGUAGAUCAUUGUAACUCAGAAGUGGCCUGUGGAAAUGGACCUGAUAUGGCAGGGAUUUGGACUGGAUUCAUCUCACUUUUAAAAACGAUUUGCCUCAUUGAUGGUGUGAUGAGCAUGUGAUAAGAGUCUAUGGAGAAUUGUUAUGUGAUUGUUAAGUGCUGUGGACACCGGUGCCGACACGAGUAUGGCGAACUCUGCUUUCCACAUUCAAUUACAUUGACAACAUUAUUAUCAAUACAACCCGCACGCCAGCGGAGGUGAUGGCGGAGUUCAGCGCUGGUGUGCGGGUUGUAUUGAGAAGAAUGCUGUCAAAGUAAUGGAAUGUUGAAAGUGGCGUGCGCACGCACUCAUGUCUACUCUGGUCUCCCCCAACACUUUAUCCUACCAAGAUGUGUCUGUCUUUGGCCAUAAAUAAAACGGUUGCUUUUGAUGAUA